AUGUCUAUCCUCUUGAGAAGUGUCGUCACCGUCAUCGAUGUCUUCUACAAAUACACCAGCCAAGAUGGGGACUGUGGCACGCUGAGCAAGGUUGAACUAAAGGACCUUCUGGAGAAAGAGUUCCGCCCAAUUCUGAAGAACCCAGAUGAUCCAGACACAGUGGAAGUUAUCAUGCACAUGCUGGAUCGAGAUCAUGACCGAAGACUGGACUUCACUGAGUUUCUUCUGAUGGUAUUCAAGCUGGCGAUGGCCUGCAACAAGGUUCUCAGCAAAGAAUACUGCAAAGCUUCAGGGUCAAAGCAGCGGAAGCAUGGGCGUGGUCGCCAACACCGAGAGGAAGAACAUGGAACAGAAGAGGACGAUGAGGAUACAUCAGGACAGAAAUCAGGUCACAGAUAUUCGAGUGGGGGUGAGGGAGAGGAGCAUGGUCAUGGUUCUGAGGGCGCAAGGGGACUUGCCAAACAGAGACGUGGGUCCAACUCCAGGAGGCAACAUGACCAGGAGGGAUCUGAGAAAAGGCGCCGUGGGUCUAGCUCUGGCCACUCAUGGAGUAGUGGCAAAGAAAGUCAUGGUUCCAGCUCUGGUGAGCUGGAAGGAAACAGACACAAGUCACAUGUCAGCCCCUCAAGGGAAUCCGGAGAGGCAUGUGAAUCGGGAUCUGAAUCUAAGAGUGGGAGAAGGAAGGGUCGUGGUGGCCUGCCAUGUGGAUUGGAAGCCGGAGGGCACGAAUCAAACUCUACUCAGUCGAGCGGGAGUGGAGGACAAAAGAUUGCAUCUAGCUCUGGAGGUUCAGGAGACAAUGGAAGACAAAGCCAGGCAGGUGGUUCCAGCAAUUCGAAGGGGUGUGGAGGGCCACGACAUGCCUCUAGUUCUUGUAACUCUAGGGCACACUGCCAACCACAGAGCUGUGGAGGCCAACAGAGAAGAGGAUCAGGUCAGUCCUCAUGCUGUGGACAAUAUGGGUCUGAGGAAAGUCAGUCUUCCACUUAUGGUCAACAAGGAGCUGGUUCCUGUAAACAGCCAUUGAACCCUCCUCAGAAAAAAUCUAAUUCAAAUGAAUUUUCUAAAAAUGGUCAACACGGGUCUGGCUCAGGUCAGAGCUCUGGCUUUGGACAACACGGGUCUGGCUCAGGCCAGGCCUCUGGCUUUGGCCAACAUGGGUCUGGCUCAAGUCAGAGCUCUGGUUUUGGCCAACAUGGGUCCAGGUCAAGCCAGUCCUCUGGCUUUGGCCAACACGGGUCUGGCUCAGGCCAGUCCUCUGGCUUUGGUCAACACGGGUCUGGCUCAGGACAGAGCUCUGGCUUUGGCCAACAUGGAUCUGGAUCAAGCCAGUCAUCUGGCUUCGGUCAACAUGGAUCUGGCUCAGGCCAGUCCUCUGGCUUUGGCCAACACGGGUCUGGCUCAGGUCAGAGCUCUGGCUUUGGCCAACAUGGGUCUGGCUCAGGUCAGAGCUCUACCUCUGGCCACCAUGGGACUGGAUCAAGCCAGUCAUCUGGCUUUGGUCAACAUGGGUCUGGCUCAGGUCAGAGCUCUACCUCUGGCCACCAUGGGACUGGAUCAAGCCAAUCAUCUGGCUUUGGUCAACAUGGGUCUGGCUCAGGUCAGAGCUCUACCUCUGGCCACCAUGGGACUGGAUCAAGCCAAUCAUCUGGCUUUGGCCAACAUGGGUCUGGCUCAGGUCAGAGCUCUACCUCUGGCCACCAUGGGACUGGAUCAAGCCAAUCAUCUGGCUUUGGUCAACAUGGGUCUGGCUCAGGUCAGAGCUCUACCUCUGGCCACCAUGGGACUGGAUCAAGCCAAUCAUCUGGCUUUGGUCAACAUGGGUCUGGCUCAGGUCAGAGCUCUACCUCUGGCCACCAUGGGACUGGAUCAAGCCAAUCAUCUGGCUUUGGUCAACAUGGGUCUGGCUCAGGUCAGAGCUCUACCUCUGGCCACCAUGGGACUGGAUCAAGCCAAUCAUCUGGCUUUGGUCAACAUGGGUCUGGCUCAGGUCAGAGCUCUACCUCUGGCCACCAUGGGACUGGAUCAAGCCAAUCAUCUGGCUUUGGUCAACAUGGGUCUGGCUCAGGUCAGAGCUCUACCUCUGGCCACCAUGGGACUGGAUCAAGCCAAUCAUCUGGCUUUGGUCAACAUGGGUCUGGCUCAGGUCAGAGCUCUACCUCUGGCCACCAUGGGACUGGAUCAAGCCAAUCAUCUGGCUUUGGUCAACAUGGGUCUGGCUCAGGUCAGAGCUCUACCUCUGGCCACCAUGGGACUGGAUCAAGCCAAUCAUCUGGCUUUGGUCAACAUGGGUCUGGCUCAGGUCAGAGCUCUACCUCUGGCCACCAUGGGACUGGAUCAAGCCAAUCAUCUGGCUUUGGUCAACAUGGGUCUGGCUCAGGUCAGAGCUCUACCUCUGGCCACCAUGGGACUGGAUCAAGCCAAUCAUCUGGCUUUGGUCAACAUGGGUCUGGCUCAGGUCAGAGCUCUACCUCUGGCCACCAUGGGACUGGAUCAAGCCAAUCAUCUGGCUUUGGUCAACAUGGGUCUGGCUCAGGUCAGAGCUCUACCUCUGGCCACCAUGGGACUGGAUCAAGCCAAUCAUCUGGCUUUGGUCAACAUGGGUCUGGCUCAGGUCAGAGCUCUACCUCUGGCCACCAUGGGACUGGAUCAAGCCAAUCAUCUGGCUUUGGUCAACAUGGGUCUGGCUCAGGUCAGAGCUCUACCUCUGGCCACCAUGGGACUGGAUCAAGCCAAUCAUCUGGCUUUGGUCAACAUGGGUCUGGCUCAGGUCAGAGCUCUACCUCUGGCCACCAUGGGACUGGAUCAAGCCAAUCAUCUGGCUUUGGUCAACAUGGGUCUGGCUCAGGUCAGAGCUCUACCUCUGGCCACCAUGGGACUGGAUCAAGCCAAUCAUCUGGCUUUGGUCAACAUGGGUCUGGCUCAGGUCAGAGCUCUACCUCUGGCCACCAUGGGACUGGAUCAAGCCAAUCAUCUGGCUUUGGUCAACAUGGGUCUGGCUCAGGUCAGAGCUCUACCUCUGGCCACCAUGGGACUGGAUCAAGCCAAUCAUCUGGCUUUGGUCAACAUGGGUCUGGCUCAGGUCAGAGCUCUACCUCUGGCCACCAUGGGACUGGAUCAAGCCAAUCAUCUGGCUUUGGUCAACAUGGGUCUGGCUCAGGUCAGAGCUCUACCUCUGGCCACCAUGGGACUGGAUCAAGCCAAUCAUCUGGCUUUGGUCAACAUGGGUCUGGCUCAGGUCAGAGCUCUACCUCUGGCCACCAUGGGACUGGAUCAAGCCAAUCAUCUGGCUUUGGUCAACAUGGGUCUGGCUCAGGUCAGAGCUCUACCUCUGGCCACCAUGGGACUGGAUCAAGCCAAUCAUCUGGCUUUGGUCAACAUGGGUCUGGCUCAGGUCAGAGCUCUACCUCUGGCCACCAUGGGACUGGAUCAAGCCAAUCAUCUGGCUUUGGUCAACAUGGGUCUGGCUCAGGUCAGAGCUCUACCUCUGGCCACCAUGGGACUGGAUCAAGCCAAUCAUCUGGCUUU